AGGGUCGGCCGUGCACUGGCAGAAUGAGAAGGCUCAGGUGGCUCUCCCACGCCAUUGCAGCCGAGAGAGGGGGAGGACGAGGAGAGGAGGAGUGAGGGAGAAGGAGAAGAAGGGCGAAGGCUGGAGCUUGGAUCUGAGGGGAGAAACAAAGCUGCCGGCGUGUGGUGGUGCCGAAUGUCGAUGGCGUGCCACGGCCCGCAUGUAGCCCCGGCACUGGCACUGCUCUGCGGCCUGGCCUCCGCCUCUGUCCUGCUGGGGGCCACCCUCCUGCCCCAGUGGCGCCUCCAGCAGCUGCAGUCCCCCAACCGGAACGACCGAAACGUGACCGUGUCGGACGGCCUGUGGAGCCGGUGCGUGCGCUUCGAGGGACCCUCGUCCUCCUCCUCCUCCUCCUCUGCUGCCACCGGGGCUGGGGGAGGAGGAAGCUGCGCCCUGGAUGACCCCACCUGGUACCGCACCCUGGACCAGCUGGACCUGAGGUUGCUGCAGUUCGCGCUGCCCUUUGCUCUGCUGGCCGCCUGCUCCGCCAGCCUGCUGUGCGUUCUGGGAAUGUGCCACGGGGCGUGCAGCUCCAAGAUCCGCAGCGUGGACCUGGUCAAGUGCCUGGUGAACGCGGCGGGAUGCCAGCUGGUGGCCGGGGCGCUCUACCUGCUGUCGGCAGCCCUGGUGUGCGCGCCGUCCCUUUGGCUGCUCUUCCACACGGCCGAGCUGAGCCGCCGUCACCCACCGUCCGCCUGGAGCCCAGGCCCCGCCGCCUUCCUGGCGCUGGGCAGCGGCGCCGGCUUCUUCCUGGCCUCGGGGCUGCUCUUCCUGUGGUACUGCACCUGCCGCCCCCUGCCCCCCACCUUCUGGCAGCCCCUGGGCCCCUACCCCGAGAGCCUGCAGGCCCACAGCGUGGGGCGGUACUCCCGGCGUUCCCGACUCUCCACCCUGGAGAUCGACAUCCCCGUCGUCCCCCAGCAGAUCCGCUGAGGGUUGGGGAGUGGUGGU